AUGUCUCUUCGACCUUGCAUGUACUCGAUUCCAAGGAAGUUAGCAACUUACCCCCUGAGAUUAUGCAGUCGAUCAAUAUCAAACGAGUCUCUUUUCUCAUAUUCUUCGGGACGAUGCCUAUACAACAAACAGGCACGGCUUCGAGAACGAUAUGUGAGUUUUGAUAUCUCUGCACUCGCCAAGGCUGUUGCGAAGCAUGUUGAUCAUGGAUGCCUUGAAAGCAUUGUCAAGCUUCGUGAGGGAGGGUUCAAUCGUGUGCUACUAGCCACUAUGGAGGAUGGAUUCCGGGCCAUAAUAAAAAUCCCCUACUGGAUAUCGAUUCCCAGGACAUACGCAACAGCUAGCGAGGUCGCAACUCUGGCAUUUCUUCGCUCUAAGAAGAUCCCAGUCCCGGAAGUGUAUGGCUGGUCUUCGGUCACUGGCAAUCCAGUCGGUGUAGAGUACAUUAUCAUGGAACAUGUCGCAGGUGUCGGUGCUGAUACUCGUUGGUUCAAUAAUACAAAACAUUAA